AACAAGUUGAUUUUCUUAAUUGAAUAGAGGUAUUGGAAAGGUAUUGGCAAAUACUGGUUAAUUAUGAAUUCUGAUCAACUAUUAUCCAAGCAGGGCCCUUUGGCCCAUGUUUGGUUGGCAGCAAACUAUGAUAAGAAGUUAUCCAAACAACAACUAUUGAGUACUAAUAUUAUCACCUCGUCCAAGUAUAUCACUAAUCAGCCAUUGACAUUUAGAUCUGCUUCUUCACAGGAAGAAUCGUCGCAGGGGACGAUCACCUUGAGACUUUCCGGACAGUUGUUACUAGGGAUCGUUCGUAUAUAUUCAAGAAAGACCAAGUACUUAUUAGACGAUGUGAAUGAUACAUUAUUCAAAUUGAAAAACUCUUUCAGGGUUGCCACUGGAGGGUCGAUUUUGGGUGGUGACUCUGCUAAUUCCAAGUCGGUGAACUUGCCGGCUCAACAGACGGUUAUCUCAAACGUGAAUAAUCUCAUUUUGAGUGAUCAAGUUGCAGAAUUUGACUUACUUUAUCAAGAAGAUUUGAAUUUAGAUGACGACGAUGAUAUGCCUCCUGCCAGUGCUAAUACUUUGUUCAGUCAAGUGAAUAACUCGGUGAAUCAUGAGGAUAGUUUCACUUUUGACCAAUCAAUUGAAUAUCCUAGAUACAAUGACGAUAUGAACACUCAGAAUGAUGCUGGGGACGUUGAUUUGGAGUUGGAUUUCGAUCUCGACGUAGAUGAAGAUGGGGGCUCGGAUAAGUCCAUUGAAUUGGGUAGAGACGCAGCCGCAGUCAAUAAUGAUCAUCCGGAAAUGUCCUUGUUAGAUAUUAAAGAGAAUGAAGACGCGUCGAUCAACUUUAACAACGACGAUUUCAAUUUCGAUCAACCAAUCGAAACCAUUGAUGAACUCGACCACCACAAUGAAAACGCCGCAUCAGAACCAGUGACUCCUCCAAGUGAACAGCCAGCACCAAGGGUUCAAAGACCAAGAAAGGCAACUGUAGGGAUUACUGAAGACGGUGAGUUAAGAACUAAUAAACGUAAAUUAAUUGUUGAUUCAAAUGAAGAUUUGGAAAAUGGGAUUCCUACCGAUACUUUACGUUCGAUUCAGCAACUCCAACUUUCCGACUCCUACAAUGAUGAAUCAAUUACUUUGAAUUUAUCCGAAAGUGAAAAAUUACAAUUAAUUCAAGAACUAUCUUCUCCUAUUGCAUCAAAUACUAAAAGAAGAAAAUUAUGGAACUUGGACGAUCAUUUACAACAAGAAUGUUUAAGAUUAUCAAAAGAAGAAGAAGAAGCAAAAGAACGUGAAAACGCAGAAGUGAGUUGGGAUCAAAAUGAUUUUGCAAACGAUUUUGAUUUAUCCUUACCUGAACUAGACUCCGAUCAUGGGGAUGAAGAUAUUCUGGCUGCAUUAGAAGAAAUACCUGCUGAUGUCCUUGAUGAAGAAUCGGAAGAUUUUGGUAAUGAUAACACUACAAAAGCAUCUAUACAAGUUGCAGGCCAUCUUAGAGAUGUUUUGUCAGAAACUAGUGUGACCGAGUUAUCUAAAAUCAUUGAAAAAGACUUGUCAAUCACUAAUGAAUCCGAGCAAACUUACCCCCUUGGUAUAGUAAGUAAGUCUAAUGACUCAAUCAAAAUAAGUAAAAGAAGAGAAGCUACUAAAAAUUUCUUUGAAUUAUUGGUUUUAGCUACCCACGAUUGCAUAUCUAUCGAUCAAAAAAUACCAUCUGAUUCUACCGAAAUUGGUGGUAAAAUUGAUAUUAGAUCGAAACACCAACUUUUUUCAAAAUUUCUUUAA